UUGGUAAUGAUUAAAGAUAGUUUAUAUUUAAUCGUGGUUAUGGGUAUCUAUAACUUAUAGUUUUCUGAAUCUAAAAAAGACUGAAAUUGAUUUUGAGAGAUCCGUAGUUUUGCUAUGGUUUAAACGAUACACGCGUUGUAAAUUGCUAAAAAUGGCCCUUCACGUGAUUAGAUUAGGAUUACGGAGAAUUUGUUCGUCAGGGUCACCAAUUCAACUGCGUACACAGGCUCUAUGCUUUUUAGAACUUCGACUAACAGUGGCAAAUGUCUCGAACAAUUUUCAAAAUGUGAGUACAAUGUAGACAAAAUAUAAUAAUCCUUUGGAAUUAAAUUAAAGAAUAUGUUUAGGUUUUUUUUGAAUAUACGUAGAUAUCCAACUGUAUGAAAUACAAAAUUAUAAUUUACCUAUUCUAUAAGUAAAAUAGUUUACAUUUUUAAAAAUUUAUUUUGUGUACCUAAGUACCUAGAACAUUAUCAUUUUAAUUAAAUUUAUUAUUCAUUUUUAAAUUUAAUAUGUAUAUUUUAUUUUUUAGGGACGUUGCUUAAGCACUACAAAUGAUAAUGUUGAUAAAGUUAUUGAUCUUAGUUAUUCAGACAUUGAGCCAGUAUACAUUCCAAUUAAGAAGAAAUCAUGUGAUGUACAAGAUGAAUAUGAUGAAAAACGUUUGGUCGAUUCGGUUUGUCAUCCAUAAUUUCCUUGGACAUUACUUUAGGCACAAAAUACCACCUAUUUUAUUAAUUAUAACUGUAGAUAUUUGUUAAUAUUUAGGAUGUCGUAAUAAAAUGUAAGCAAAAAAAAUUAAAUCACGAAAGAAAUAAAAAAUAUGAUCAGUUUAAAGAAAUUCCCUUGGCAUCAAAAGGAUGGAAGAAUAAAAAGGCCAAAGGUGAUUAUUUUACAAUUCAUAUUUAUAAUGAUGUAAGUUUGGUUUUUAUUUAAUUUAUAUUACAUAAAUAUAAUAUAAAUACAUUGCAUUUUUUAUUUAAGUAUUAAAUUUUACCAAAAUUAGGAUUAUUUACCUCAGAGCAGAAAGCCACAACACAUGUUUGAAAAUACUGGUCUAUCAAAAUCUAUUCUAAAUAUUUUAAAAAAUCGUAAAAUCACUGUUCCUUCUCAAAUACAGGUGAAAAUUCCUAAAAACUUUUCCCAACGUUUAUUUGAUAUUCAGCUACAUUUUUUUUUUUCAAUUUUAGGCUCUUGGAAUCCCUGCAAUACUUGAAGGAAAGAACACUUUGCUUGCUGCUGAAACAGGUUGUGGUAAAACAUUAGCUUACUUGACGCCAAUAAUUCAACAAAUAUUAGCACAUAAAGAAAAAGUAAAACUUAAUAAUCAAUUUAAUUCUCCUUUGGCUUUGGUUAUUGUACCCGGCAGAGAAUUGGCUGAUCAAAUUGGAGUAGGUUGUAAAUUGUUGUAAAUUGAAUUAAUAAUUAUAAAAUCGUUUCCAUAAAUAAAAUGUACAAACUUCCAAAAAUGUAAAAUUUAUAAUUUUAAAUUAUUUUUAUUAGGAGGUUGUUCAAUGGUUUACUGAAGAUUUACCAUUGAAUGUAAAAGUAAUUACUGGAGGGCAUACUAAAAGGCUGAUGACAAAUCCGGUUUUUGAGGAAAAUGAUAUAGUUGUUGCAACAAUCGGAGCAAUGAGCAAAUUAACAAAUACUGGUAUAUAAAGUUUAUAAAAUAAUAAUGUAUUAUAUUUUUAUGUGAACUCAACCAAACUAUGUUUUUAACUGGUUUAGUUAUUUUAUAUUAGAUAACAAUGUAUAAAAUAGUACUGUAUUUUAGGCAUUUAUUCAAUGCGGUAUGUACGUCAUGUUGUACUAGAUGAAGCUGACACUUUAAUGGAUGAUAGUUUUAACGAACUCAUGACCCAUUUCUUAAAAAGAUUCCAUGUACGUUUUAUAUUCCUAAAUAGUCCAACAUCUUUUGUUUGAUAUUAUUUUCUGCAGUGGUAAUAAAUGAUUAAAACAAUCCGUUCAUGGACAUUUUGAUUAAUUAUACAGCACAAUUUGUAUUUAUAUUUAUAUGUGUAUAGAUUCAUAGAGCAUUAAUUUGCACAUUUGUGAUUACAGUUUAAGAGCUGUUCUGUAAGGCAAUCUUCAAACCUAACACAGUUGCUGUUGGUUAGUGCCACAAUGCCAACUAGUUUGUCUGAAAUAUUGGCUGAUAUAAUUGAUGUAUAAAUAUUAAAUGUGUAAAAGAAAUUAAAUAUGUCAUUAAUUUAACAAUAAUUUUCAGAUUGACAGUAUACAUAGAAUAACAACUGACAAAUUACACACCAUACUACCUCAUGUUCAACAAAAGUUCAUUAAAACAAAUUUAGGUGAAAAACCAUCAAAUUUAUUAUUGCUUGCAAAGAAACUUUCUAAAAGCAAGACUCCAACAAUAAUAUUUUGGUAUUUAUAUGAAAAUUAAUUAUUAUUAUUUACUAAUUAUUAUAUUACUGCAAAUAAAACCAUCUUAAUAAUUUUAAUUUUUAAAUACUAACAAGAUAUGCUGAUGAAAAUAUUUGUUCAGUAUUUUUAAUAAAAUAAAUAUUGAUUAUCUACUUAAGAGUAGAAGUUGAUGUGUGGUAUAUUUUUUGUAAUUUUGGUACAUUAUUGUUGAUAUUAAUAAUUUCUUUCCAUUGGUGUGUUACGCUAGCGUUAAUGUUUGCGUAAAUACCAAAAAAAAUUGUAAUUAUAUACUGACAGUUGAUCACAAUAGGAAUAUAAUGUGUUCAAACUUUCGUUAAGAAAACUAAAACUUACAUAUAAUUAAUAAAUAAACAAUGCUCUAUUAAAAAAUUAUCAUACAUUUAUAUUAUUUGUGUUUUUAAAUUGAAUAGUAACAAAUCAAGUACUUGUGAUUGGGCGACUAUGUUCCUUAAUGAAAAUGGUAUUGAAGCAGAAAAUUUACAUGGUGAUAUGCCAUAUGAAAUUAGGGUUGGAAAAUUCAAAAAGUAUCAAAACGGCAUAGUUGAUAUUAUGGUUAGCACUGAUGUUGGAUCCAGAGGGUUAAAUACUAUUAGAGUAAGUGAUAAAUACUAAUUAUUUAAUAAACGUAUUUCUAGGGCUGAAUAAAUUAUGCACUUAAAACCUUUAAUGCAUUAAUAGAUGGUCAACAAUGCUACAAAUAAAUGCAUUUAUUAUUGAAAAUCUGAAUUAAAUAUACAAUUUUGUUCAUGAUAAGCUAUAUGAAGAGUACUAUGAAAAACAAAUGCAAAUACUACAAAUUCCUAGCCAACUUAUUACACUUGUAUGGCUAUUUUAUUAUAAUUUUGUUUUCAGACUAAACAUAUUAUAAACUAUGAUUUCCCAUACUAUAUUGCUGACUACAUUCAUCGAUGUGGUCGUACUGGACGUUUAAAUGCUGGUACAGAUGGUAAAGUCUCAAAUUAUAUCUGUACAGAUAAUGAAGUUAAUUUAGUCCAAAAAAUUGAAGUAAUUAUAACAAAAACAAAUUAUUAUUAAAACAAAAUUACAAGCUAUUUAUCAUUUAAAUGAUUAUGUUUUAUAAUCUUGAAAGUACAGGUUUUGUCACCAGAUUUUUUUUUGUGCAUUAUUUUUUCAUAACAUUAAUAAAUUACAUUGGAAUAAUCAGGUGCAAUUUACCUUAGUAAAUUCUACUAAAAUUAAUUUUUCAUUAUCAAUAAUAAUUUAAUUAAUUCAAUAAAAAAAAAAAUUCAUGAGUAUUGUUAAACAAAGUUUUUUAAGGAAAUAUUUUUGUUUAUGUUGAAUAGUUAGCUGCUCGCACAAUGAAAUCUCUACCAAAUGUCAAUGGAAACAUUACUAAAAUACGAAGAUUCCAUUUAUUGAAUGAAUUAGAAAAGAAAGUAGCUAAAACCGAAUGAAAUAAUUAUGUAUAUUAUAUUUAAAAUCAAGUUAUUUGAAAUAUUUGCAAUAAAAUGUUUUUAGUUACUAACUAAUGUUGUAUUUAUAUGUUAAAGAAAACUUUUUUCUAUAGUUCUUACUAAAAGACCAUUC